GCUGGCUAAACUAAAGGAAAGGGUGGCUUGUUGACCCUAGAAGAACCUAGCUACACCUAUGGCUCUGUGGGCAUUGACCCGUGCUCUAGGGUCCCUGAACCUGGCGCCCCAGGCCGUCGCUGCUCCUGUCUCGAGUCUGCUCCCCGCCGCCCAGGUGAUGAACAAUGCCUUUCUCCAACUGCCCUCUGCCUUGACGUUGCUCCCCUAUCGCACAGUUCUUACUUCUGUGGCCCUCAAGGCCAAGUUUGUGUCCUGGAAGAGUCAUACCAAGUACACCAUUAGACCACUGAAGAAGAGGAAGUCUGGGGGCCGAGACCACACAGGCCGCAUCCGAGUGCAUGGUAUUGGUGGGGGCCACAAGCAACUUUAUCGCAUGAUUGACUUUCUGCGUUUCCGGCCUGAACAGGAGACCAAGCCUGAACCUUUUGAGGAGAGGGUUAUCACAGUCCGCUAUGAUCCCUGCAGGUCAGCAGACAUAGCUCUGGUUGCUGGGGGCAGCCGGAAACGCUGGAUUGUUGCCACAGAAAACAUGCAGGCUGGAGAUGUAAUCCUGAAUUCUAACCACAUAGGCCGAAUGGCAGUUGCUGCCCAGGAAGGGGAUGCACAUCCUCUUGGGGCCCUGCCUGUGGGAACCCUCGUCAACAACGUGGAAAGUGAGCCAGGCCGGGGGGCCCAGUAUAUCCGAGCUGCAGGGACGUGUGGUGUGCUGCUUCGGAAGGUAAAUGGGACAGCCAUCAUCCAGUUGCCUUCUAAGAGGCAGAUGCAGGUGCUGGAAACAUGCAUAGCAACAGUUGGCCGAGUAUCCAACGUUGAUCAUGAUAAACGGGUCAUUGGAAAGGCAGGACGCAACCGCUGGCUGGGCAAGAGGCCUAACAGUGGCCUAUGGCAUCGCAAGGGGGGCUGGGCUGGCCGAAAGAUUCGGCCACUGCCCCCUAUGAAGAGUUAUGUGAAGUUGCCCUCUGCUGCUGCAUAAAGCUGAUAUUCCUGAACUCUAAUAAAAUGGUUCCCCAUUUUUAUCUGUU